CGCGCGUGCUGGAUGUCUCCGAGCGGCCGCUCACCUGAGAAGAUUAUACUCCUUUAAAAUCGUGCUUUUUACCAGAUUCCGUUUUUUCUCGCCCUUUUCACGGUAUCGUCAACAUGGUGAGGGCACUUGCUGCAAGACAACUCCCCAUGCUGGCCGUGCCGAAUUCGCUUUAUCCACUCAACAAGAGCAUGGAUGAAGAGAUGAAGCGGCUCUUCGAUAAUCUCGACAUGUACACUAUUUCAAAACCUACCGCCGACGACAUCAUGGAGGAAUUUCGGCACAACGGGCAAGAUUUCGAAUACUGUCCAGACUUUGAAACCACCGUACCGCGAAAUCCUCGUCGGAAAAAGAACAAGAAACCGAUACCGAACGAAUGUGUCUUUUGCAAGAACAAUGGGGAAUCGGCCGACUACUACAAACGCCACCGUCUAAAGGAUGCAGAGGGCAGAGUUUGUUGCCCUAUUCUCAGGGCGUACAAAUGUCCGAUUUGCGGUGCAUUUGGGGACCGUGCACACACUGUGAAGUACUGUCCAUUAAACCAAAAUCCAGAAACGGUGGCGACGUCGAACACCCUGAAGAUUAUGAGGAACUCUUCUGGAAAGAGGCGAAACAAGCAGAACAUCUCCCAGGCGUCCUAUCCGCGUCUCUUAAAGACCCAAAAUGUUGUGUAAAAACUCGUACACCGGUUAUAGACAUCUAAUGGCAGCAUUUCAUAUUUCACAUUCCAUCGAGAGAUCUUAUAAUCUUUGUACCUGCUAAUAUGGAUCAUUGGUAAAGUUAUAGAUUUCUAAAAGUGAAUUACGUUCUCAUGUUGUGUGACAUCUCUCUCAAUGGCAUCGUAAAAUAUCGCGAAAAUGUGCUUCAGAUUUGAAAGACAUUUCGAAGAUUGCGCUAAUUGCUCCUGAGAUUAAAGUCUGACGUCAUCUAGAUUAUUUUUAAGAAAGACCAAAGAUGCCUUGAACGCUGUACUGAUACAAUUGCUUCUCUUCGGGAUUAUUAUGCGAGACAUUCCUCUUUUCUUAUAUGAGAUUGUAAUUUGCUCCUGUAAAACUAUUCUUCAAGGAGUAGUUGUGAUUAGUUCAGCUAAGUACCGAGAACGUUACAUAUUGGCUUUUCAUGUAAACAAUUUCUUCUGAUCGGGUAAACGGUUACUUAAGAAUCUCAUUUGAACAUCCGAUUGAUCGGUACCUUUAGCAGCUGCAAUAGAGGUUCUACUGUAUAAAUAAUAGGAUGCUUGAUGUCAAAAAGUCCUCAAUCGGGUAAUUUAAGAGUAAUUGCUGGCAGAUUACCGUUGUGAGUUAUUCUUAAAUUAAUGGUUUACCUCGACGGAAGGUUGCUCUCAUUCCACAGUACUGCAAGUAAAAUCCUUGUACGAUCUUUGCCCCCCUACUCCAGGAAAAGUAUUAACUAGUAUUUAAUCACUUUACCGAUAUUGAAAUGUAUAAAGCAGUACGUACAUGGUUUUAAAGAGGUACCAAUAUGUCGAGCAGUUGCCAAAUAUUACCUUGUUUACAAUUGCUAUGUAUUUAGAGGGAAAGCGUAAUGAUCAGGGCGUUCCAAAAUGAUGUGCGAUACCAUUGUUAAUGUACAGCGAUCGCCAGUGCCAUCUAGAAGUUACCAGUACACCAAAUCGUAGUGUUAAGAUUACUCUUAAUGAUUUACCGAUUACGUUUGCGGUGACGACAACCGAGUGAUUUCAAAAUGACAUUAGGCCGCCGUAAGGUAGGGUAGGAUGACGGUUCCUUUUUUUAAAUCGGAGUUUCGGGAUAUAUCUUUCUAUCGUGACAUAUCCCAUAGAUCCUCUGUCGAAAGACACUUGUGAUUGGUUUGUGAAGGUGAACCUUAUCAAGGUUUGACCGAUGAUACUCUUAGGUCUCUAAAAAGAGAAUCCAUUGCUGUGCGCUAACUUUUUCCUACGACAAGUCAAUCGCACUCGCGUGCGUUACUCUCCUGAUGGGCUUUCCUAGAUUUUACAGAUUACAACUUAAUCAUGAGGUUACCUUGAUAACAUUUUGAUAAGAACCGUUUUCCUGGAUUAAAGGUCGUGGCUCGUUGUUCCAUUUCAGAUAAAUGCAAGUUGUCACUUUAACGGAUAUGUGCCGGCGAUAGAGGCUUUGUGCAAAAGUUAGUCUUACGUAUCGUUGAGAACUUUUAUUCAAGGGUCUUACACUUUACUGGGCGCGUUAAAAUUGAAAAGCUUGCAUUUGUUUCUUAACUUUCUACAACGUUGCUGCGGCCUUUCCUUCACAUUGGCGAUAUUGUUAGGAAUGAGUCAAGGACGCGAAUGUUUCUUAUAUUCUUAUCACACGUAUCAGCUCGAAAUGUGAACCAGCUUUUUGAUUGUCCCAUAAGUAGUAGCUUUCACGGAAUGUAGACGUAUUUGUUUUCGAGGCAGACCUGUUAAUUCCUUCCCUAUUGUAAUGUACGCAAUUACUGAAUCGUUGUAGACUUAGACAUCUACGAUUUUUAAGGGACUUCUCUCAAAAUUCCGCUCAAAAAGCUAAUAAUGACCGGCUAAUAACCUUGGCGUAUUUCCUCCGGCAGAAAUAUUAAGAAAAUCAUGAACGACCGAUUCCGCAAAAGAUAGAACAAAGUUCCUAAACUCGUUGAUCAUGAUGUUCCAAAUUAAAUGCCACUGAUUGGCAUGUCACUUCUCGAUAAUUGUAUUCCUCAAAUCUGGUUCCCAUGUAAUUCUCUGCUUUCCACGGUUUUUCUUUUCCUUGCUAUUUUCAACCCUGGAGAUUCGAUUUUAUCAUUCCUCGCGCAUAUCCUUCCUUUCUAAACGGACGGCCAUGAGAUUUCCAAUGAAAUGGAAAAUUGUAACCUAAGGAUCUGUCAUGACAGUUCGAAGAUGUCGGAGAAUAUCCUGGACACGUGGGUCUCGUUCGAAUUUUUGUUUUGCCGGACAUAAUAUAAAAUCAUAUAUGAGACAUAUGGUCAGACAUAAUAUGAGAUUUCCAAUGAAAUGGAAAAUUGUAACCCAAGGAUCUGUAAAAGAGAAAUAUCUGUCAUGACAGUUCGAAGAUGGAGGAUAUCCUGGACACGUGCUCGUCCGAAUUUUUGUUUUGCCGGACAUAAUAUCAAAUCAUAUAUGAGACAUAUGAUCAGACAUAAUAUAAGAUUACCAAUGAAGUAGAAAAUUGUAACCCAAGGAUCUGUAAAAGAGAGAGAAAUAUCGGUCAUGACAGUUCGAAGGUGUCGGAGGAUAUCCUGGACACGUGGGUCUCGUCCGAAUUUUUGUUUUGCCGGACAUAAUAUCAGAUUGCGACUAAGGAGCGUUGUUUUUAUUUAUUUAUAUUUAUUUGCGUACUCACGAUUUUUUAGUGGCGUACCACACGACGCCGAGUUGUCUUUCUCGAGAACCGAUUUUCCGAUGAAACUGAUUAACAUAUUUCCAUUCAAACGGAACAUCAACCACGGACGUACCCAGGAUGUUUUCCGACAUGCUCGGAAAACAUUGAAGUUCGCGAUUAUUCCCAAAUUACUUUUUAAUGCGUCUUCGAGGAACCCUAGGAUUUAAUUUAUGAAUAUGCCGUGUUAUUAGUUUAACGAGUUGCGAGACCCAUUUCUUGGGGAACUUACGACUAGGCUUUAUUCCUUGUUGCCACGUGUUUCAGUAUUUCCAUUUUAUAACUUUUAUUGACCCAAUUAUUUGCUUUGAAAUUUCGAGCUGUCAACUUCAAUAUCUCGCGCCAUUGCAUUAUUAAAAAGUGACUUUCGGGGGUCGGGUCAAGUUAAUAAUUACUGUCGCGAUUGAUUAAUUUUAAGCGGACGUCGGGCUCGGUGGGAUUUGAUUGUUUAAGGGGCGUUCGAGAAUUUUCUUCUAUGUCGAUGUGACGUAGGGGAUCUUUUGUUUUUGAGAAAUCGAAAACGUGCCUUUUCACAGUACACACGUGCAGUGGAGAUUUCGUAAGAGGAAAUAAUUGAACGUAGGAGAAUAUGGAAAAAAGAAAAAGAAAAAUGCCUCGACUCGACGUCACGUUCUACCAAAAGGGGCUUUGGCAUUUUACAUUUAAUUUACGCGAAUAACUUUAAUCUAAGUUAAUAUGAAAAUCGCGUUAAAUAUGUACCUCAAAGUAAUGCCGGUCGAAUUUUGUCAGAAGGAUUCCUCUGUGUGUACAUUGUUUAAAUUUAAAAUCUACCAUAAACUUGGGUACAAUAUAUGGCGCUCAGAUUUACAUAUUUUGAGUGUCUUCAAGUGGGAUAAUCUUUAACUUUCUUGAAAUUCUCAACAAAAUUCGACAGCCCCUAUUGGUUUGUAACAAUUAAGCGUUAAAUUGAUAAGAGAGGAUUUAUAUCUUGUUACUUAAAGAGUCCCGUUUAAGACGAUUUGCUCAAGAAUGGACAUUCGAAUGUUGAACCUGGUACGAUAUAUAUAUAUAUAUAUAUAUAUACAUAUAAUACCUAUUAAUAAUGUUGAUCCACUUAUGUAUACGCGGUAUGUACUUGUAAGUAAGCAAUUGUUAAGAUAAUCCGUGGUACGUUCACGUAAUGCGGCUUCUAAGAUUGUUCCUAUAAUUGAUUAUAUAGUAGUGCGUUAGGUUUUUAUAAACAACGAGGUGUUUAAGAGCGACCUGUCAAUUGAAAAAAGAAAAAGAAAAAAAAAAAAAACGAGCGGAGAUACUUCUCUCUUCAUAGAAGUUGAAAAGGAGUUUUUGAGGGCACUUUUUAGCCCCCACGUUGGUGAUCAUUAUCUCAAGGAAAUGUGUGUGGGAGUGCAAUGAAAAUGCAGGCUUUUCCGAAAUGUGUGUUUAUCCCGCCCGUGUGUCUUUUUAAUUUUCGAAAUGCAACGCGCGCUGUAACAAAAGUAAUUUUUCCACGCCUUCGCAGUUCACGGCAAAAUUGUACAAAAGAAACUUAAUUUCCUUAUCGGCGCUCGGACGGUUGUCGUUAAAUUUUCUUUUUUUUUUUCCCCUCCGUCGCGAUAGGAGUCCGGGUGACCGAAUGAAAUAGAUUUUAAUUUUACAAUGUCGGCUCGUGCACGAUUUCGGCACGUGUCGUAAAUAGGCUUGGUAAUUUCGGCGAUUAUUAAACUAAUAAUUUGUACUUCUGUACGAGAGAUAGAGAUAGAGAGAGAGAGAAAAACGAUGUUUUUUAUUUUUCAUGUUGCGCGCGCACACACAUCCGUCGCGCAGAACUUUCCUCGGGUGUUUCCUUUCAUCUACUUUAAUUAAUAAUAUUUCGUGUCGCGUAUCCUGUAACGUAACUUUUCUGUAUCUUAAGUAGAAAGAGUGGGACCUGUCGUUAGUAAUAUAUUUUACUUAUUUAACCGGUCGUCCUUCGUAUGUAAAUUCAUUUUCUUACGUUUAAACAAUGAACAUUCGAAA